UGAUGCACAUGGAAAAAAGUCACACCCCAAAUUAAAGUGGCUAAGACAGAACCAUCCCUAUUGGUCGGUAUGAUCCUCUCGCGGUGUUGAUUGAUAGCUAGGUAAUGACUCUCCAACACUGGAUUAAUUAAUUGAAAAAGUUUGCUUGAUUGACUGGAGGCUCAGCUCGGAUUUCCCGCCGAUCAUACGCAGUAGUAAACCUGAACUACGAUAGCAUAUAAACAAGUAGCUCACAGGCAAGGAGGGCCAUUCAUGUGUUACACUGAGCAGACGAUACUCGUGAAUCUCGGCGGAUCCCUCUGAUAAUUUGUACAUGGUAGCAAGACUUCACCUCUAUUUCCUGUUACUUUUAAACCAAUAAUUAGUAAGGCAAGAGGGUGGAUGCUGAAGUCCUCUACAAAACAGUGUAGUAGGAGGGUGCCGGACGAGUCGAGUCGAGUCGAGUUAAGCUGCGGGGCCUAUAAAUUCCCUGUUGCUACUCUUUUUACCUCGUGAAUAUUGCCACAUAGGUGUUUCUCUAGACUUCCACCAUGAUGAUGAUGACAGAUAUGCGAAGCUGUAGGUAUGAUCCAAACGCUGCAGCAGCCGCAGCAGCCGCGGCCGCCAUGGGACCAGGGCCAUACUACCCGACACAGCACCCGAGUUUCCGACGGAUGGACAUGACGGACCCAGGGCAGUUAAUGGACAUUUCCCACUCUCAUCAUCACCCUUCAGCCAGCAUUGGUGUCGAUUAUUACGGCCAAGCGACGGGAACAUAUGCAAGAGGAUAUGAAAGAAGUCACUUUCCAGAGACAUAUGGCUACCGUAACCUACCCACAACUAAUCAACACUAUUAUAAUGUCCAGAGCAAUUUUCAGAGACAGUCUACAGACUUAGAGUAUGCACCCAGGGACAGUAGUAACUGUUCACCCAAUUCACAGGCAAACACCAAAUCUGAACCAAGUUCACCAAUGUCAACACAGGGCGAAGACAAGAAAUGUGGGAAUGACAACAACAAUAACGGUAACAAAAUGAACAAAAAAGACAGUAGCGGUAGUGAAAGCAACAAAACGAAACAAGACCGAGACCAUGACCGUCACGACCACAGUGACGUGAAGGCUGAAGACAUGGAGUCUGACGUGGGGUCCGAAGAGGAGGAUGGGGACGGGGAACACAUCCCACACAUUCUUGCCCCAGGGUUCCACGGGCCAGGGAACCGUCGCUGUCUCCUCUGGGCGUGCAAGGCCUGCAAGAAAAAGACCGUCACAAUAGACAGGCGGAAAGCAGCGACGCUGCGUGAGCGUCGACGUUUACGUAAAGUGAACGAAGCUUUUGAGACACUGAAACGCCGGACGUGCCCCAAUCCCAAUCAGCGUCUCCCCAAAGUGGAAAUUUUACGGAAUGCCAUCGAAUACAUCGAGAGUUUAGAAGAUCUCCUUCACGGCAGUAGAAUGGGCCAUGGGGAUGAUAACAACAACGACAACGGGUCAACAAGCAGUGGCUCUGAUUACAUGACGGUUAACAGUCCUGGCUAUUUUGCAGACAAGCUCCAUCACUAUGGCGACCUCUCAAACUAUUCCUAUGGCCAAAAUGGCUACGAUGCAGCAAAUAACUCCUCCGGCAUUUCAAGCCUCGAUUGCUUAUCUAUGAUUGUGGAUAGCAUCAAUCCAACCAGCACAAGUCAAAUGUUGAACACUGUAUCAACUGCAGAGCGUCCCUUGUAAAAAGACAGUGGAAAUAUUCAAAACACAAGACCAUUUACAUGUUCUACUGAACGAAAUGAUAUGUUUUUGUAAUAUUUCUUGAGACAUAAGAUUCCCAAAACAAGGCGCAGUCACAAUGAUUUAACAAAAAACCCAAAUCAAAGCAGCCUUGGAUUACUAUUGCAAAAUACUGUUAAACCAUUCAUUUAAUAGAUUUGGAUAAUGGUCAAGACCGACUGGUGAUAUGUUGUGCUUUUGAUUCCUUGGUUAUACUGCAAGUGCACUAACGAAUCCAGUUAUUUUCACUGGCUUAAUCACGGAUAGGCUGUCAGAACUUCCAGCUGCCGCUUUUAAAAAAAGUUCCCUCCUCCUACGGUUUUACCAGUGGAGACCACUUACACUCAAUUUCAUUAGUUAUUGUAAUGGACAGUGUCUUGGAUUUUAUCAAUUUAAGAAUUGUUCCCAUCGUUAUAUUUGUAUAAGCAUGAAGAAACGCGAUCGAAGAGAAAUACAAUGGUAUAUUUAUUGUAACUAAUUCCCGCAAACAUUGGAUUUACUUACUUAAACCUGUUUAUGUGUGGUACUCAAGAUUAUUGGGAUCAAUUGUAUGUCUUUGCAAGAAAAGGAAUUGUAAAUUCUCUUAUUUAUAUAAACAUUGUAUGUUACAUUUAGGGUUUUGCUGUUCCUCCGAAGUUACUGCAUUGGAUGAUGCAUUUAUUUCUAAAUGUAUAUAUUUUCAAACAACUGUAUGCUUUCAUAGUAAUUCCAUUUAUGAAGGAAAUUUUUUUCAUGUAGCAGUCCUUGAAGUAACUUUAAAGGUGGCACACCUCUUAUAGAUUUGAAUAAAUAUUUUAUCUGAUAUAAUGAAAUAUUUGAUUAUUAGAACAUCCGCUUGUUUUCUUUGUA